AUGAGCCACAUGGAAGAAGCUGUCUCCCCUGCUGAGGCUGACUCUACAUCCUGCUUCAUCUCCUGACCCAUUAUCCCGUCAGAAACAGAGCUGGAUCCCAACUUCAAUCCUCCCUGCUGCAAGACAGUGCUGAUAAGGACACAGCGGUUAAGCAACACUAAGAUCCAGCUGAUGGCCACAGAUGCAAAAAUGGAUAAGAACGACCUUCCUCACUUCACCGCCUCUCUUAUGGAUGAGUAUCUGGGUCACCCAGAGACAGUAAUACUCUUCUUACUACUGCAAAGGGGCUAG